UCGAUGGAGUGCAGACGUAUGUUGUGAAAUUGAUUUCCCCUAUUAUUUCGCCUGCCGUAAUAAAAAAACGGUCUAAUGUAAAUAAACUAGUUUCAAAAAUUCUUUUUACUUUACAUUUCGGUAGAGUUAGUGAAUUUUUCCUAGAGUUUAAAUGUAGAAAUAGUAGGAUGUUGCUAGAACAUUUAUUAGUGCCUGUGAUCUGCCUUGGAAUAGAAGUAUUUGGACCAGUGUUGGGUGACGAAGUGGAAAUAAGGCAAGUGGCAACAGACAAGGGUACGGAAAAUGUGACCAUUCCCUGUGGUAGUGAGCCCCUGAUGCCGGCAGUCAACGUCCAGUGGGUUUAUAGAGGCAAUCGCACGCACCAUGAAGUUCUGGCGGACGGCAGCUUACUUCUUGCCCUGGUGGGAGUGGAAGACGAGGGCCUGUACGAGUGCGGAGUAGAGAAUGAAACUUCCUUCGUCGAUAGAGUAAACGUCACAGUCAGAACGGAACCACCACCGUUAGUGAACGUGACAGUCCACGCCUCAACAAUCCUGGCCAUAAUUUUGUGGAACGUGGCUGGUGAAGGUGGACAUCCAAUCAUUGACUUCACAGCGCAGUACCGCUCCGCGAUGCCUGUGAAUGGCACGCUUGAGGCCUGGAAACCUAUCAGCCCUAAUCAUAUAAGUCCUAACUCUCGUCAAAUAGACGUUUACCACUUGGAGCCGAAUGCAUCAUAUUGGUUCAGAGUAUGGGCCAACAACGUACUGGGACCCGGGCCGCCUGUCGAGGUUCUUGCGACGACCCUCUACAGCGACCAGGAAGCAGAACUUUACAAGCACUUCCUGGAAGGCGCUGAGACGUUCGACACCCGGACGUGGGUGGCUGCGGUGUGCGUAGUAAUGGGCACUUUAGCCGUCCUGGCAGCAGGAACUUGCGCGGUUCUGUGCCGCGAGUGGCGACGCUCAGGUGAGCCCAGGCCGUAGCCUCGCCGUCUACCCCGCCUCUAUUUUCUCUUCUUUAAGUAGAGUAGCGCGGGACGUAGAUGCGGCUGACAAGUCAUAUCGCCUAACCAACCAAUGGCAACACUUGUAUGAAGAACACUCGAGAAGGAUCUUUCCCCGAAACAUUGUUUCAUUCAGAAUAGCUGCUAGAACGAAGUUUGUACAUUUUUGCCUUUGAUCGCGUUUUCGUCGCUUUGUGCUUAAACGAGUAAUGUUUUUGGGAAAGAAAUGGGUAAAUAAGGUAAAGGACACGAGUUCUUUAGUGGUUAAUUCGUUAUUUGUGGCAAAAGUCAUGAGAAUACAAUAUGUGUAAAUCCAACUUCAGUCAAAACGUAGCGACUGAGCUACGAUGUUCGUAGCUAUACAGCCUCGUAGCGCGUUACAACUGUAACCAUUUGUAGGCAGUUCGUAGCCCUCGUAGCAUAAACGUAGGUGACGUAGCAGGGGUGAACGUAGUACUUUUUCUCGUAGAAGGCAUGACUAGUUUAUAGAUAUGAAGAAAUGUCUGAAAGUGAACGCAAAACAGUAAAGGAAUAUAUUGUCAAUUUUAUUGUAAUAUGAGUGUAAACGACAAAAUAUUCAAAGGCUUAACGAGGGAAUAGGUUUUUGCAAUGCCAAAAAUAUAUAGAUAGUACUUUAUGUACCAAGUACAAUUUGUUACAAUAAAAAGCUUACGCCUGGCAAUAUUGUUAAUUUUAUAAAUUAUUAGACACUAUUAUAGACUAUUAAGUAUGGAGUUUCUAGAUAUAUUAGAAUGGUACAAAAAAGAAGAAAAAAGCAAUACUUUAUAUAUUUAACGUAAUUUUAAUAUAAAUCUAAAUGCACUCCUGCACGACUUUAAUAAUGUGCCAACACUAUCAAAUCUUCCAUUUUAUAUUUUAUGGAGUAUAAUCUUAAAGUAUCUACUUUGGUUAGUAAUAAAAUAAGUGCCUACUUUUACCUAUAACUUGUAAUUUUAUCGUUAAAAGUUAUAGAUUUUGUCUAUUCGUAAACUUGCACAAUUAAUAAUAUAAUUAAGUUUCCAAUCUUAUGGACCAAACGCUACGUAUGUCAAUUAAAACGUAGUAGCUUCAUCUUUAAAGAUAUAGUGUUGCUAGAUAAAAAAAAAUAUUCUUCCAUUGCAACCAAAAAAAUAUAAUUAGAUGUAGCUUUAAGCUUAAUAUACGAUAAACUUGCCAAAAAUCGAUUUGUUGUCUUAAGGAGACAUAGGUCAUUCCAUACUUUAGAAAUUUGAUAUUAAAUAAUACUUCAAUAUAUAAUAAUUUCAAAGUAUAAUAAAGAAGGUUCUAAACACUCGAAAUCUAAGCUUCCAGGGUAUGUUCAAAUCUUCUUAUGAUCGCUUUAGGACCAGUUUUUCAUUAUAUCUAUUGUAUAUAAGUCUUCAUAAACUUUAUUUCUUUUAUAAUAAAAUUAGUGUAUUACGAAUUCAAUUUCUUAUUCAACGCACGUCGCAGCUUUAACAAUUCAAAUAUAUUAUGAAUAUUAGAAUAUAUUAUUAAUUAUAGAAUAUAAUAAAAUAUAUUAUUAAUCUUAAAAAUCUUUAAAUUAAGUAAUAAGACAGUAUAACGUGAAACAAUUAUAAUUCAAAUGUAAAUAAAUGAUAUACCAUUUUCAUCUUUACGAUACAUAUGUAUAAAUUCAAUUAGUUGCUACAUUGCAAACUAGAUCUUUACUCAUAAUAAUUACGGUCGAUUGGUAUGCUAACAAAUUUUAUCGAUUAAGGGAAAUUCACUCGAACAAAAACAAGUUUUAGUAAUGAAAUCGUCAUAUCAUAUCAUGCUGCAUUUGAGGCCGGCAACACACUUGCGAGCCUUAUGGCAAUGUGAAUGUCUAUGGGCGGCAUGUUCGUUUGCCUCCUAUUACAUAAAAAAAUAUCGAGGUGAUCCUUUUGGUAUGACUCAAGAAAAAAUCCAAGUUUAAUCAAAAUCGAUUACUUGUUUUUGAGACAUUCGUUUCUGUAUGAAAUUAAUUUUAAAUCGUCUAAAAUAAAUAAUUUUGCCAGAUAUUCGAAAUCGGUUUAAAUUUUCUAAAUUACCUUAAAAACAUAUCGAGUGAAUUCCCCUACGCAUGCCUCCCAUUAAAAUAUUAAUACAAUUUUUAUUCAUUCAAAAUUUUCUUCUUUCCCUUCUAUCGCACUGGCUUGGACCGCACGCUUGGACUGCGGGCACUAACAUUGAUGGUAUGUAUAAUAAACGUAUGAAUGCCUUGGCUAUGCUAGUAGAUUUAUCAGAGGAGCAAGACAUAAUAGAACUUGUGCCUAACAUUAUACUUAACCCUGGCUUCAUGGAGACGGAUCCAGUGAGGCCCAAAGAGCAAAUCGUCAAAUCGGCGGAAUGUCCGGGCCCCGGUAAACCCAGACGGGUUUGAUUUUCGUCUAUCUUGAACCUUAGAAUAUUCUAUCUUAGCGAUCCUGGCCUGUUGUCAUGAUCCUAAAAUCGAUUGUUUUUCUUGAAAAACAAAUUUUUGGCCGCAUUUUGCCGCCGCACUCGAUGUUAAGUAAGCAGCCUAUUGGAGAACACGCCUGUGCCUCCUAGUCUGUCUACACAUGCUAUUUAACUGUGAUUUAAAGUAUCUCAAUUUAUACUCCUUGGUCAGAUUUAAGGCUUAUUAUUUCAAGUAUCACAAGUUAAUAAUAAAUUACCUUAAUUUUAUUAAAAAUCCUUAUAAUUAACUUGACGAUUUGACAAAUAAAGUUACUUUUGUUUUAUUGGUUUCGUGUUUUACGCUUACAUAAUGCACGAGACGUCGCGUCCAAACAUAAACAAAUGUCCAGAAAUUGGCAAGGGUAAAUAUGGACAUAUCAAAAUUUUAAUGAAGAUAGAAUAUUCUAUGGUUUAUGAAUUUUAUUGUAAUUCAUUUUUACGAUAAACGAGUUAUAUUUUUAAUUGCCAAUAUACAAUUAUUGUGAAAUAUUAAUGUCAAUGACUUUAACAGUCAAUUACUUUUCGAUAUAGCAACACAUUGGGGUGUUAAAAAUGUAACUCGAAUAGGCUUAGCUUAACCAACUGAGAGAGAAAUAGCGUUCUAAGUGUUUACGUAUUGGGGUUGCCAUGUGAAGCUUCAUAGUUGAUAUUUAAGGUACGAAAAGCCUGCUUUUGUAUUUUAUGGCAACUCCAACACAUUUUUGUAGGAAUAUUGCUUACCGUUCGCAAUAAAUUGUUAAUGUUGCUAGCUGUGUAUAUAUUUAAUAGUGAUAUUACGUUAUGUAUAACAGUAUGUAUAUGGAUCUCAAGAUUGCGAUAAUUUCGUGAUUUUUUACUGUGAUUAUUUUCCUUACAAUUUGCACUGUUGUUUAUAAAAUAAUGUAUGUUGUAUAUUUUUGUAUGUUUGUUGUCUAUGGCAAAUAAAAAUGCGGUUUAGCUGUGUCCAUAUUAACUAGAUGGCAGUAUUAUUAUUUUUUACAACGCCAUCUGUCAUAAAUUUAAAUAUAAUCAAAGCUACGAUACAUUAAUCAGCAAUCUAAUAUUGAAUCAAUUAUGUAAAAAACUAAAUUGUGGUAUAUUGUUAAAGUAUUUUAAAGCAGUAUUUUUGUACACAUCAGCAUAUCACAAGCGCCUUAGAGAGAAAAUAUAUCAAAUUUUAACCUUAUCUUACGAAAUAUGUGCUGUUAACAAAUCCUAAGGACCUGAGAUCGAUGGGUUUAUUACUACGCUGAGUUUAUUAUUAUGCUGACACAUCAUGUAUAUAAGACAAAAUGAAAUGAAAAUGUAGUUAACAGCUCAUAUUUUCGUAUUAUUAUAUCGACUAUCAGAGUCUCGCUAUUACUUUAAUAAUAAUGUAAUCAAAACUGAAUUUUGAUUCAAUUCUCCUGAAUAAUCUUUUGUAAAAAUGCUUUAUGGCCAUUUCUUUAAUUGUACCUACAAAAUUACUAUUACUCCAUCUAUUAACCAUUUAUGUAGGAUUCUACUUUCCCUUCGAAAUCAUAGAUGGCGUUAUCCAUAAUAAUUUUAACCUUUCUCUAUCACUACUUAAAUGAGAUCAACAGUUUAUUUUUGUAUGAACGUAAUAAAAUGUUAGCCGUUGAAAACUAAAUGUACAUUGGCUAAGUGCUUUUAUUAAAGUAGAUUUAAGGUUAUAUCAAAAGGUUGUUUGGUGAUAUUUGUUACUCGGACUUUGUAUGGUAUUAGAAUGUGGCAGAUUCGUUAUGAAUAUGUAAUUUAACUUUAAGUGGGACUCCAGUCAAAAUAAUAUAUCGUUGUAAUGAGAAAUUGUCAAAGAUAUAUAAAAUAAAUUACCAAAGUGAGUCUUCCUUAAAUGAAGAAAAUGAAUAUCAAUUUAUACAAGCCUUAGAUUAAAACAUAUUUAUUUUGACUGGUCGUUAGGUAUAUUAACGCACGUAGGAUAGCCCGAGAGUCAAGACUGGGUGGAAGAUGGUCGGUGACACCGCUAACUUGAUUUGUUACGCUAAAUAUGUGACUAUAUCCUGAGUCCUAUUUUCUCAGUAUUACGCAUACCUUGUUGAGUAGUAACACAUAGUUGGCGCUAUUGUUAAUGCUUAUAAAACUUUAGAUGCUUGUAGCGAUUUGAAACAUUUUGUAAAAUUAUUUAAUAACUUGAAUUAGAAUUUGUUUUAGGCACUACAAUAGUCUGAUAUAAUGAUCGCAUGUUGCGUGCAUUUCGCUUUGCAGCUAUAUACACUAGUAUUUUCAUAUAUUUUUAUUGCUUGUACUAUGCCUAGCCAUAGCCAUAAGAUCUAAACCCACAGUGUUCAGUGUCGCUUUUUACUAAACUAUAUUAUAUAAACUUGUUUGACUUCAUGUUACUGGUUUUUUUGGAAAAAAUUGUUUCAUCAGCUCUUGGUGAGAGUUCUUGCCUAAUAUAUAAUAUUUAAUAAUGUUUUAUUGAUAAUUUUUCAAAGCAUAAUAUUUGUUACACAUUAUACUGUCUCAUUCGUAUAUCAUCUAGAUAAGUGUGGCUUUAUGCUAUUGCACGAUGUUAAUAAACAUUCCGCUGUGAUGCUAUCCGAAUAAUAAUUGGUAAAAUUAAGCUCGUUACGUUGGCAACAUUGAUGUUAAAAAAAAUUUUGUACAUAUACCGUGAACAUUCCAAACGUCAUUCCGUUCAAUAAAAUCAGCUAGUUCACUCACCAAAUCUCUAUACUUUAUAUUAAAGUAAUUUUAGGUUAAGAUUGCCUUUUAUAAGCACGUCCAUGGUAAGGGCAGCGAAUGUAUGUUAUUUUGCCUUAACUAAAUUCUUAAGGCUAUGUUACCAAAAUAUUUUAUUGAUUGGCAAUAUUUUUCUAAGUAAUCUUAAGAUUAAUGUUAGUACGGACCGGAUGAGAAAGGCAGAUUAGUAAUUAGUCGGUCCUUUAUACAAUACUGUUUAUUGUAUUGGAUUUAUUCUAUAAACAUAGAGAAUGGUAAGAAAGUAAAUUUUUAAAGUAGUAAAAAUAUCUUGACUUUUCUAAGUUUCGCGUAACAGCUCUUCAGGAGGAAGCGUAAUCUUGGAAGUUUGAUAUAUUUGACAGCGACCAAGACGACAUUGUAACUUGAAGUACGAAUUAAAUAUGGACUAAGAUUCAGAGACAAGUUUAAAUGUAAACUCAUUCCUCUGUCAAAAUUCAAUGAUCAUUUUACAAGUGGUGCAGUGAGUUUCCUAUGAAACUUGAAUCUUAAUAUCUACCUUCGGUUAGCGGUUGAAUUCUAUUUGUGUAAAAACUAAUAUUGUUACGUUGCCAAAUAUGACAUUUUUUAGUACAUAUUCCAUCGUGGAGAUCAAUGUCCAAUACCCCAUGUCCUUAACGUCCUAAGCAUUGUCAAAAUAGUUUCUAAACGUAUUAUACUCAAUCUAUUCUCUAUGUCUAUAGUUUUAGCCAUAUAAUCUAUAGUGCGAAUUGAUUUGUGUAUUGCACUCUUUUAAAUGAAGUAGACUGACAAAUCUCAUUUUCUGUCUUCCUGUUUCGGGUAAUCCUAAUAGUUAUAAGCUUCAAGUACCGUUAAUACACGAAUAGACGCUUUACAUGUUAAAUCGGAUAUGACGUAAUAAUGUGACCAUUCAUCAAUAGAACACCAUAGACAAUUGAAAGUAGAGAAUAGAUACACAUUAUCAUAAUAAUAAGUACGUAAGUAAUCUGUGAUCAAUGCGGAAUUGUCUAUGGUGAUCACUUUCCAACGAAUGACAAUUUUUAUAAUCAGGUGAGCAAGGAUGUUUAUUAGGUAAUACAGAUAAGGUUUUUAGUAAUAAACAAUGAAACAAGUCGUUUCUUUUUGAUUGGUCAGCAAUGGUUGUGUGAAAAACAAAUAAUAAAACGAGGGCGCGUUUCUUUUAAUUGUAAUAUGUUCCAUGCUGAGUAUCUGUGGCUGGGUUAAAUACGCGAUCCCAACGCAAAAUCGAAACGCGACAUCGUUUUCUCUACCAACCAUCACACACUUUAUAAAUAUUCAACAACGAUUCCAGUAGACAAAAACUAUCGCCUAAUGAACUUAAAAAUUUGAGACUUCUAACAUAUGGUUCAUUCAUACAGCAUUAUUUAUUGCGUGUUGUAUCAAAUGCAAAUGAAUUGAAACCGUAUUAUCAAGGAGCGAAGGUUUGUUUGUAAUUAUUGGAUUGAUUUAAAAAUUAGUUUUUGUUUAAUGAAAAUUGUCUUACCUUAUAAUAUAUUAUAAUUAUUAUAUUAUCUAGUAAUUAUUUAGGCUGAAUGCACUUCAUAUUUUUAAGAUGUCAAGGUCCAUUUCUUAAAAAUCCAACUGGAAAUGCACACAAAUCUCGUGUUAUUUGAUUUUUUUUUUUGUAAAUAAACAUGAUGAAAUUUAUUUCUUGCAAUUGUAUCUAUUGAAGUUUUAUUUUUAAAAUAUCACUUUGUAUUUAUUAGUAAUAUUAUUUCUGCAAUUUGUAACUGAAUGAGCACAAUGCGGUUUAUACAGUUGUUGUGAUGUUGGAACC